GCGUUAAUAAUAACGGUUGCUAUAUUUCGUAAAAUAUGAGAAAUUAAAAAAUUGAGUUUUAAAAGUUUAAAGAACAAAGCGUUGGGAAGUUCAAUCAAAACGACUUCGCAAAUUGGCAGCAGAGGAGGAGCAGUAGCCCGUGAUAGUUCAGUUGCCGAAUUGCAGAACAUGCCCCCCAGAGAACCUUUUUUAAGGAAAAAACAGCUUUUUUAGUGGCAAAUUGCUGUUGAGCGUUGGAGAAUUUUGACGGAUCAUCGGUAAGGAGUGAAGAAAAAGUGUCAAAGCGGGAUUGGUGAAGGGCGACCAAGAAAAGGUGACUAACCGCUAAGUCGUAAGUGAAAAACGAUAGCCAGCAAAUUUGAAGAGCUUGACACCAUCCGUUGAUCAAAGUCAAGUGACCCACUGCGCACAUUUUGAAGGAGGAACAGAAGGAAAAUGUUGAUCCUGAUAGAAACGGCAGCAGGGUACGGCCUGUUCAAAGUCGAGAACAGCAAGUUAAUCGAAUCAGAUGUGAAGGAUAUUGAAAAAUGCUUUCGAAACGCAGAGGAAGCGAGGAAAAAUGUAUCCCUUUACAGUUUCAGUAAAUUUAAAAAGUUCCAAAAGGCCUUUGACGAAACGAACAAGUUGAUGGAAUCCAAGUUGGGAAAAGGGCUGAAGAAGUUUUUAAAGAAAAAUAUAGUGAAGCCAAAGCUAAAUGAAACGCUAGCUUUAUGUGAUAAAACGUUAGGUGGAUUGAUAAAAAAAAAAUACAAUAUAAAUGUAACGUAUACCAAUUCGACACAGGAAAUAAUUAGAGGAAUUCGAACGCAUCUGUAUGGAUUGCUAGUAGGUGUAAAGGAAGAAGAUGCGAAAUUGUUAAAAUUGAGUUUAUCUCAUUCGCUAAAUCGAUUCAAAUUAAAGUUUAGCGCUGACAAAGUUGACGUAAUGAUUAUACAAGCAGUUGGCUUGCUGGAAGAUUUGGAUAAAGAAAUAAACGUGUUUUCUAUGCGACUGAAGGAGUGGUAUGGAUGGCACUUUCCAGAACUGGGGAAAGUAAUCACGGACAAUAAAAUAUAUGCGAAAUGUGUUAAGCGGAUUGGGUUCCGGAGCAAUGCAAAGAAUGUCAACUUGCUAGAAGAGACAACAGAAGAAAUUCAAAGGGAAAUAAAACAGUUGGCCGAAAUAUCCAUGGGGACGGAGAUUGAAGACGAUGAUUUAAACUGCAUUAACGAGUUAGCUGAUCGUUUAUUGGAGCUAACAGAGUAUAGAGAAUCGCUAGCCAUUUACUUGAAAUACAGAAUGAGCUCUAUUGCACCAAAUUUGACCUACCUUGUUGGUGAUUUAAUCGGGGCCAAGUUAAUUGCAAAGGCGGGUUCCCUCAUGUCUUUGGCAAAAUACCCAAGUUCGACUUUGCAAAUUUUGGGUUCUGAAAAAGCUCUUUUUAGGGCCCUAAAAACGAAAUCGAAAACGCCCAAAUAUGGGCUAAUUUACCACGCCACUGUAGUAGGCCAAACUACACCCAAACUGAAGGGAAAAAUUAGCAGAUCUUUAGCCGCGAAAUUGUCCUUGUGCACAAGAGUGGACGCUUUGGGAAACUUCACAGAGCCGUCCAUUGCCAUAACGUGCAAAACGCUCCUGGAGAAGAGACUAGAAUAUAUAACAAACAGCAUGCAGAAGAAGAUGAGCAAUUUAAAGAAUUCCAACUCGCAGCUGCAAAUGCAGGCGCAGCACAGCAAGUACAACCCCAACCAGUCGAAUGUUGACCAAAAUAGGAACAACAAUAACAGUAGCAGUAACAAUAACAACGCGUUCAACAAGAAGAAGGACUUCCGGUUUAAUAAGCGAGAGGCGGACUGGAACAACAAGAAGUUUAUCAAGAAGCAGAAGAGGAAGUGA